AUGAAUUCGAGCAAUAGUCAGCAUGCACACUACAACUUCUCUCAGCACACGCCCGGGCCCCCUCAACCGCACUGGCAGGCACCACCGCGUAAGGUAGGAUGGGGCGAUCCGCGCUUGUCUUCGCCAGUUGCUCCUUCCCCAUCCUCGCCGUUUCCUGGUCCUCAAGGAUACAACCAUGGACCAGGACAGCCACCAUUACCACCACCUCCUCCACCUCCGCCAGGCGGAUUCCCGAACGCAGCACAAAGUAAUGCGACUCAGUAUGAUACCUCCUUAUGGGGUGUCAAAUACAACCACAACCAGUACCUUGAUCCAGGUCUGGACAAUGCGCUAAGACCAGCUCUACCUCAUCGCCCACCAAGUGCUCAGGCUGGACAGCAGACAGGUUGGACCAGCCAACCACAGCAGCCAGCCCCUCCAGUACCUCCGCCCAGACCCCCUCAGUACGCUAUACCACAGCAACAGCCACUUGCUGGUCAGAACCAAUACUACCCUCACGAGCAAUAUUCUCAACGUCCGGCCUCGCAUCACUACGAGCCUUCGAACCCUCAAUACACGCCAAAUCGACCCUCAGCUCCAGCCUGGCAGCAAUCGCACGAUAUCUACGAUGCCCCAGUGUCACCUAUAGAGCAGCAGCAGCAGCAUCAGCAUCAGAGCUGGCAGGUACCAUACACUACUCCUCCAACACAACAAGCUUAUGGUACCUCAUCACAUCCACCUCCUCCCGCACAAUCUCAUGGACGGUACCACUCAUCCUCUAUACCAACGACUGGUCCCUCCGCCCUCGGUUCAGGCGGCCCUUCUGAUUGGCAGCACUACCCUGGUGCUGGCGAGUUUUUCGAUGAUUUUCCAAAAAGGCACUCUGUAUCUCAACUGCAUCCAGCCACAUACGCUCCUCAUGAUCCGCACUCCUUCACUGUCACACCUGAGCAAGCUCAUGUGAUUCCAAUUCGGGGAAGCCCUCAGAGCUAUGGACAGGGCCUGCAAUCUGCUGCAGAUAUUCCUAGACCGUCGUCGCAAAAUGCCUAUCAACAGAUCGGGUCACCAUUGGAGUCGCCAGCCUCUCAUCAUGGUCCUUUGACAGAACGUCCGCGACCGGACAGUGAUGCGACUACUACGACCUCCACUGGCACACCUGCCAGAUCAGGUACCAUCGAUAGUGUCAUGAACGCUUGGAUGACCUCGACAAGCAAUGUGGUUCCGAACCAAGUAGUGGCUGCUCGAGAACGACCUCAACCCCCAUCCCCACGAGAAGUGUCAAGUAUCCAAACGCAGACUGACUUUCCUCCUGUCGUGAGGUUGGAGACAAAGGUAGAAACCAAGAUCGAGACAAGAGAAGUUGAUCCGUAUGAAGAUUUGAAGAACGAAUACCGCACCAGUCUGAACCGCUAUGCUACUAUGCUGCGACAGGAGAUGGCUACCCAAAAAGAGCAGGAGAAGAUGAAAAUAGUCGUCGACUUUGUGAAUAGAGAGGUGAAGCUUCGGAGUGUUCUUUUCAACGCUGAGCCCGCAGAACUUGUUCGUUCCAGUGAACUUGCAGAGCUUAGAAGAACAGCUGAGAAGGUCAAGGAAGAAGAGGCCAAGGGUGUAUCGAGACAAGCACGAGAUAUCAAAAGACCAUCAAUCGACGACCACACCACAAGUAUCAAACCACCACAGAUCGAUACACAGCCAGACGCAUCACAGGCUCUGCGUGACGAUGGUUUUGUGGUAGUGGAUGCAAAUGGUGAUGAUGCAGAGUACAGUCCUGGUGGUCGACCAAAGGUUCCUCUACCAACAAGGACACCCGCUCAACUCAGAUCAGCAACCCCUGUUCUUCAAACAGCUCUACCUAAAUCAUCCAGUCCUGUGCCAAAGACAACCCAGCCUCCUUCGCCUGGAAGUAACGCGCCUAUGACGCUUGAUGACUACGAGACGCCUGACUUUUCCUCAAUUAAUGCUAAUCGCGCUCCUUCUGUAAGCCCAGCAUAUUCUGAGCUUCCUGAAAUUGCAAACCCUGUUUCCAGAGCGAGCGCUCCCACAAUCCAGGCACCCAUCCACUUUCAGCCUCCACGCCCUGCCUACACACCUUUCAGGUAUGCUGAUACUUCUCAACCUGCUUCGUUAACAAUAGGCCCCACAAACCCUGUGAACCAAGCGUAUACAAAGCUUCGACAAGAUCAGGCAUUGGACUCAGGACGCCUGCUGUCACAAGAAGGCCCGCUGUUAGCCAUAACGGCUCCAGACCGUACACAAAGUGCAACACCAUCACGAGCUCGCCAACAGCAGGAAGAAGCGUUCAUCGGCCUGCUUCGACAACAGAGCAAAGCUAUCAGACGGCCACAGACCGCUCCAAUAUCGGAUGCGCCUGGGCCUUUGAGAAUUGGUACUCCUCUGAAGCGAAAACAGUCGUUGCCACCGAUGGUCAAAAGUUUCGAAUCGCUUCGACAACUUCUACCAACUGACGUGUCCCAGCUAAGCACGGCGAUACAGGACCAUGCAAGGAUGGCCCCCAUCAAUACUGCAAUUUCUGUCAUCACGGAUGAUUUCGGCUUCAUUCAUGGUACUGUUGUCAGCUGGGACAAGGACAACCGCAAACACAGGGCGCAAUUAGACAAGGAACGAGCAGGGCGGGAGUCCGAGAGUCAGUCCAGAAUCGAUGAACUUUUCCAUGACAACGAGAUAGGUUACGCUGAUAUAGCUGACCUUGAGGAGGACUUCAAGGUCGAAGAAGCUGGCCGGAAAUACCAAGAAGAUCAGGAUGAGUUAGAGAGCUUCACACAUGCUGUGUUCGAAACGGUCACAAAUAGAUUGGAGAAAGAACUCGCAGAACUUGAAACACUUCGAGUCAAGGUACUGGACAUACUCGAUCUUGAGGCACAGAGUGCAUCAGGUAUCAUUCGCGAAAACUUGAAAGGUUUCAACAAUGCGAUGGUGAAGGCCAGUCUGACUGAUGCAAUGUCAACUAUGCUGCAGAUAUUCGAUAAGAUCGAGAUACGACAGAAAAAGGUUGCUGAAGCACAUUUUGAGCGAGAAAGGAGGCGUAAAAGGCUCGAGCUGACGAUACUCUACACCAAUGGUGAUACAGCAGGAGUGAAGAAGCUCGAGAAGGACUUUGACAGGGCACAGGCAAUGCAAGUCCUGUCGGAGGCCCGGAAGCGUGAUGAGCGAGCGAACAGGCUCAUGGAUAGUUUCGAUCGCGCUGUAGUAAGGGGUCUUGCUGAAAAUCAGGAAUGGAUCGACGAGGUAUCUGACAAGGCAUCCUUACUUCGAGAUAUCGUGCUCGGAUCUAAGAGUAAUGGUCCUCCUGGUCAAGAUCGAGACCAUCUAUUAUAUGGCCAAGGAGGCAUCAAGGAGACUGUCGAUCUACUGCACGAUGCUGUAGCCAUGGUUGACCAAGAUUCGAAGGAACUUAUCAGACUGUCCUCACAUGCAGACAAGACACUAAACGAGGCAGAUUUUGCCAUGUUUCUUGCUGAAGCUACGAUUGCAGAUGCUGAUAAAAAAGAGUUUGAGAAGCUGUAUAAUGAGAAAGUCAAAGAGGAUCAAAAACUGAAGGACGAGGCUGAAGGACGAUUGAGCAGCGUCCAAAGAGGUCCAGGUGAGAUUUUCAGCUACAUCAAGGAUAUCAGGGAUUUUAUUGGAGGCGACAAAGAUCAUCAUGUUAGAAUCAACUCUGCUUUGGAGCGAGCGAAACAGAGAAACCAGAGUCAAUCGGACGGUUGA